AUGGAGCGUAUGUGCCGGCUGGAUCAAGGUCUGGUUCGGCCAUCCUGGCAGAUCGAGCUGACGUGGCGCCUGCGAUGGACUCACGUUUGGUUGAUAUGCCGUAAAACAAACCAAACCAAACCCUACGCAUACACAUAUAUAAUCUCUCUCUUUUCUUUUCUCUUCUCUCUCUCUCUCUCUCUCUCUCUCUCUCUCUCUCUCUCUCCGUGUUUGUCCUUUCUCUCCUUAUCUUCUUUCUUUCUUUCCUUAUCUUCUUUCUUUUCUCGUCUGCCUUCUUUCCUCCUCUUCUUUCUUUCUUUCUUUCUUUCUUUCUUUCUUUCUUUCCUUAUCGUCUUUCUUUUCUCGUCUGCCUUCUUCCCUCCUCUUCUUUCUUUCUUUCUUUCUUUCUUUCUUUCUUUCUUUCUUUCUUUCUUUCCUUAUCUUCUUUCGUUAACUCCUUUCUCUUCUUAUCUUCUUUCUUUCUUUCCUUAUCUUCUUUCUUUCCUCAUCUUCUUUCUUUCCUUUCCUUCCCUUCUUUCUUUCUUUCUUUCUUUCUUUCUUUCCUUAUCUUCUUUCGUUAACUCCUUUCUCUCCUUAUCUUCUUUCUUUCUUUCCUUAUCUUCUUUCUUUCCUCAUCUUCUUUCUUUCCUUUCCAUCCCUUCUUUCUUUCUUUCUUUCUUUCUUUCUUUCUUUCUUUCUUUCUUUCUUUCCUUAUCUUCUUUCGUUAACUCCUUUCUUUCCUUAUCUUCUUUCUUUCUUUCCUUAUCUUCUUUCUUUCCUCAUCUUCUUUCUUUCCUUUCCUUCCUUCUUUCUUUUUUUUCUUUCUUUCUUUUUCUUUCUUUCUUUUUUUCCUUAUCUUCUUUCGUUAACGCCUUUCUCUCCUUAUCUUCUUUCUUUCUUUCCUUAUCUUCUUUCUUUUCUCAUCUUCUUUCUUUCCUCCUCUUCUUUCUUUCUUUCUUUCUUUCUUUCCUUAUCGUCUUUCUUUCCUCCUCUUCUUUCUUUCUUUCUUUCUUUCUUUCUUUCUUUCCUUAUCUUCUUUCGUUAACUCCUUUCUCUCCUUAUCUUCUUUCUUUCUUUCCUUAUCUUCUUUCUUUCCUCAUCUUCUUUCUUUCCUUUCCUUCCCUUCUUUCUUUCUUUCUUUCUUUCCUUAUCUUCUUUCGUUAA